AUGGCUGACGUACCUCCUCCCACACCAGCCGAGCUCCUUCGGAUGGUAACCGAGCUUCAACAGGCAAACCAGCGAAUGGCCGAGGCAAAUCAACGUAUGGUGUACGAGAAUCAAAGGAUGCAGCAACAAAUUAAGCAAUUAGUCAACACUCGCCUUGAACACAAUAAUGAUCGUCACGAACGGCACACCAAUGAUGAGUGUCAGUCCGCGCCGACACAUGUCUCGGAGACGCCUCAGGAUGAUGAAGGCGCAGGUCCUUGGAAUGACAAAGCUGCACCCGAGGGCGAGGAAGAUGAACUUGAUAAUUUGGCAGGGCCGUUCACAGCCGACAUCAUGAAUUUUCAACUCCCCAGACAAUUUACUUUGCCGACGACGUUAACUCCGUAUGAUGGGUUUGGGGAUCCAAAGCAACACAUCAAGAAAUUUCAAUUUAUUAUGAUCGUUAACGAUUCAAUUUCACGUUUCCAAGAGUUGGCGAAGCAAUUUGAGGAUCACUUUGCAGCGUCAGCGAUAUAUUUGCACGAUUCCGACUAUUUGAUGACUGUUAAACAAGGCCUACGCCCAGAAAAAUUCCAAGAAGCCAUUGCGAUAGCCAAGUCAAAGACUCUGGCUGAGUUUCGCGAGAAAGCCAAAGGACAGAUAGAUAUUGAGGAGCUUUGCCAGGCUCGAAAGGCUGAAAAGUCAACAACCACUAAAGACGAUGAUAAACCUCGGGACAAUAAGAAGAGUUUUAGGCCUACGCCCCGUUACGAGUCAUACACGCAGUUUAAUGCAAAGAGGGACAACAUUAUUAAAGAAAUACUAAAUUUCAAGUUGAUUAAACGCCCUCGUAAAGCUGGCAAUUAUCCUGAGCCGAAGAAUGUUAACGAAUCUAAGUAUUGCAUAUUUCAUCAGAAGUAUGGUAACACAACCGAUGAAUGUGUGAUCGCAAAAGAUCUCCUUGAACGUUUAGCAAGGCAAGGGCAUCUUGAUAAAUUUAUUGCAGGUCAUAUGCAGAAGAGAUCCGUUCCUACCUCAGAUCCAUCCCCUAUAGGAUCAUCAUCAAAGGACAAGGAAAAGGUCCUUGCUCAACCUAGGGGCAUAAUUAACUGCAUCUCGGGAGGCUAUGCCGGGGGUGGACACACAAGCUCGGCUAGGAAGCACACGUACAGAGCCAUGCUGGCCCUUGGGGACACCACCAACAAUCCUCAACCAGUACAGAAAAUGACAGAAAUGACCUUUUGCCCGACCGAUUUUAGUUGCACUGACACCAACUUGGAUGACCCUGUCGUCAUCUCCAUCCAUUUGGGCGACUUAAUAGUUCAGAAAGUGUUGCUGGACCCAGGCAGCAGCGCCGAUGUGUUAUUUUUUGCCACAUUUGAAAAGAUGAAGCUAAGUACUAACAUUUUGCAACCAUCUGUAGGAGACUUGGUCGAAUUUUCAGGAGAACGGGUUCCAGUUAUGGGUUCAAUGUGGUUACAAACCACGCUCGGUGAGCAAUCAUUAUCCAGAACACAGGAUAUCCAAUAUCUUGUGGUUGACUGUUUUAGUCCUUAUAACCUUAUCUUAGGAAGACCUUUCUUAAAUAGAUUUGCUGCAAUUGUCUCCACAGUUCAUCUUUGUGUCAAGUUUCCUGUGCAGGACAAUAUUGUGGCAACGAUUCAUGGCGACUUAUAA